AUGGCGGCGGACCACCAAGCACAUGGGACGGGCACUACAACAAGUCCCGCUACAGGCAAGCAGCCCCUUACCCGAAUGGCACCCUGUAUGCACAAAGAUCACACCCGCGGCUCCCGCAGGGAAGAGGAGCCUGAGGAGUCUCACCAGAACAAGCAGCGACAAAAGUGA